AUUUGAUAAGUUUAAUGUCGAUCAAUACCGAGCACACAGCUGCAGGUAGGCACUCAUACUCGACCGACGCGUAAGUCUGCGUGUGUCGGCGUAGCGUCUGAUCGUAAUAAUUGUAAUUUGACCUGUCACUGCUUGGUGUAUUGUAUUGUUCAGUUUUUGGUGGUCUGUUAACCGUAAUUCGAAUGGUUAUUGUAUCAGCAUUACUGUUAUUACAUUUAUUGAAUUGGAAGGUCAACAGUACUAGUAUCAGUUACUAUUUUUUUCAUAGUAACUGAUUAAGAGAAACCAUACAAUUAACUUUGUCCAAUUUCAACAAUAUUGAAAUUUGAUAUGGAUCCUCAAGAUUUCAGUGACGAUAGUGACGAGAGCGAUUUAGAUUACAAACCACCUGGUAAUUUAUUAUAUUAUGCAAUUAUGUUUUCUUAACUGAGUAUACUUUGUUGGUACAUACUCUAUACAAUUAAAAACUUAAUUAUUGAUUUAACAAUUGACUUUCUACUGAAAAAAUAAAAUCUUCAAAAGUAGAUUUUUAAGCAAAAGCAAACUAUUUUUCUUUGGUAGAUAAAUAGAGCAUUAAGGAACAAGUCUCGCUUCAAAUUAACAAACCAUAUUGUAGUAUUGCAUAUUAUAGAGCUAAAAAUACCAAUUGAAUAACUUGCAUACUUAACUAAUUCAUAACAUAUAAAAAAUAAAACUCAAUAAACGAAGACGCAUCCCUAAAAAUUAUUCACAUGUUAAUUCUAUAACAAGUGUUUAUCAAUAGUCAAUCCCAAUUAAUGUAUAUUUAAUGGGUAAUGUAUAUUUGAAACUAAUUCAAGUUUUGUAUUCUAUAUCAUUGUAAAAAUUAUUAAUAUUACAAAAUAGUUAAAUCAUGAAAAUGUUCUUAUUUAUUAUUGAACAUGAAGUUCAUAGACAUUGAUUUUUAAAAAUGUAUUGAAAACUUUAACCUAACUUAUUGUUACUCUGUUCUAUUAAAAGUUAUUAAUUUGAGUAUUUUAAUUUUAGUGUUUAUUGAACUGAUUUAUUUGUAUUUCAUAGUUUUUAGUUGGUAUCAACUUAUUAUUAAUUAUCUAUUGCCGAAGCCAUAUGUUAAUAAUAAUAAUAUUGUUUUGUAAUUUAUUGGUACCUACAUAAAUAUUCAAUUUUAUUUAAUCUAUUUCAAACAGGUGAAGUAGAGCAUUUAUCAGAAGUGGAUUCAGAUGAUUUAAUUGAAGAUGACGAGGAUAAUGCAAAUUCAUCUACAAGUAAAUCAAAAAAAAGAACAAAAGGACAGAGAAGCGGGCAAAAGAAAUCAAAAAAAAAAUAGUACUUAUACAGUUAACUUAAGUUCAAUAAUUUUUAUUUGAUGUUUUUAAUUUUUAACAGUGAAAUUGAUGAUGAAACAGUAGAAAAAUCUCAAGAAGAAGUCAAUAGUCUUCUAAAUUCCUCUGAAGAGGAUAAAAAACGUUUGGAUGCUUUGUGGGAAGGUAACUUAAUUUAGUAUACCAAGUCAUCCAUUUAAGUAUCUACACUUGAUAUUUCAAAAAGUAUUUACUUUUUUAGGCAAUUUAUGAUUCAAAUAGCUCUACAAUGUUACAUACAUUUUAUUUUUUUUCACCCCUAUUUUUAAAGAUGGAACCACUACCCACUUUUGUUUUUCAACCUAUAUUAAAAAUCCAUAAAUAGAUGACUUUUUGGUUUAAAAAAAUGUUAGUGUUGAAAUUUAUUUUAGGUGACAAAAAACUAUUAAAAUUUGUUUGAAAAAACACAACUUUGGUAUAUUUAUUUUUGAGAUGAUUUACAUAACUACUUAGUUUUGGUAUAUUACAGGUUACUUAUAAGUAUAACAUUGUUUUUGGUUAAUUAUAUAUUAACAAAAGGCAAACAUAUAAAUUUAAAAUAAAAAAACAUUUUAAAACAAAUUUAUAUACAAGUGUGAUAUUAUAAGUAAAUGUUAUAAUAUUACAUAGAUUUCUACACUACUAAUAAAAGUCUGUGUAGAAAAAUGAUAUUAAAGAAUUUAUUAAAAAUGUUGACUAUUGCCAUUAUUAUUAUCUAUAAGUUUAUGAAGAAAGGUGUACACAAUGUCAUUUUUAUAAUCAAAUAGUAUAUUUAAUACAUUAUUAAAGUUGUUUUUUAUUUUGUUGUUGUAUGUGAUAGUUUUCUAAUAUUAAAUUUAAACAUUUAUAUUUAUGUACAAAUUAUUGUUAGGUCUUUUUCUAUAUUAGUAAUUUUUUGUUUACUGUCUAUAUAUAUUUUGCAAAAUUUGAUAGAAUUGUGUAGUAAGUCUUCGUAUUUCUAUAACAUUUGCUAAUAAUAUCACAUUUGUACAUAAUUUCUUUUUGUAACGUUUAUUAUUUUAUUUUUAAUUUAAAUUUGUAUGUUUGCUUUUUGUCAAUAUUAUGUAAUUAACCAAUAACAAUGUUUUAAGUAACCUGACAAUGCUAAUACACUUAAACAAAGUAGUUAUAUAAAUAUAACUGACAAAUACAUUCUAAGUCGUGUUUUUCAAACUAUUUUUUAAUAUACAUAAUAAGAGUGUUAAAAUUCCAAAUAAACAAAAAAUAAAAAUUCUGUAAUAUUUUAGAGCUUGUAAUUUUAGAGCUUCAUAAGCUCUACAAAAAAAAAAAAAUCUGAAAAGUAAACACUUUUUCAAAUAUUGAGUUGAGUUAAGACACUCAAAUAUAAUGAAUCUAGGUCAUUAUUGGUCCCAAUAAAAAACAUAAUAUGUGGACAAUUUGGUCCCAUCAUAAAUAAUUGGUCCCUGGCUUUUUAUGUAUAAUGUAUUAAUUUAAGUUAUCACUAACAAGAUAGUAUAAUAAUAAUAGAAAUAUUUUUUUUUUAUAUUAAUACUUAUAAAACACUUAAUUUUUGAAAAUAUUCACAGACAUCAUGUUUUUAAAAAUGCAUUUUAACAAAGUUUGAACUAUAAUUUAAAAAAUUAAUAAACAAAAUAGUAAAAAUAAUAUAAAAUAUUACAUAAAUGUUUUAAAUUGACAUUAAAACUAUUAUAAAUAGAUAAAAUAUUUUCCAUGCAUGAAAAAUAAAACCUUGGUUGCUGUAUAUUUAUUUAUAAUAAGUUUAACAUUUUUAAUAAGAUUUUAACUUAAAUACCUAAAUUAUUGUUAGUUUAUGAUUAUUGUUCAUUGUUAUGAAAUUAAAAACUGAAAUAUGAUUUCAACUAAAAUACAAACAUUUUUUUAAAUCCUGACGAAUGGCAAAUUUAAUUACCGGCCAUUUAUAUCAACAUUAAUUUUAGUGUUUAUAAUAUAAACAUUUUUUUCAUCUUAUUAAAAAAAAAAAAUUGGCCAAGGAUCAAUUGUCUGACGGGGCAGAUCGUCCAUGUACAGUAUUUUUUUUGAAGGGACCAACUGUUCGUUUAUUUAAUAUAUUACCCGGUAUACAUAAUAUUUGUUUAAAUAUUAUAUUUAUGAAUUAAAAAUGAUCACUUAAAAAAAUCUUAUUGAUUUAUAUCUAAUUUAUAGAAUUUCAGCGACCGAUCACCAAAAAACCUAUUUCCAAAACAUUAAAACCCAGCCAAAGUAAAUCUGAAUUACAAGAUUUUGUAAAAGUGUCUGAUAAACCAGUAGUUACCAAAAAAAGGAACAUUGAAGAAUUGUUCAACAGUUCAGACUCAUCUACAAAGUUGGUUGUGUUUAUUUUUCCAAUUUUAUUAUUACAUACCUUACAAUUAAUGAUUAUAUAUGAUUUAAUAUCUUUUCACUAAAAGUUCACAUUCUAACCAUACUUAUAACACAGGAUGAUCAAUAUAAUAUAAAACAUGUCAAAAAAUAUUAAUUUUUCAAAAAAAAUGUUGAAAAUUUGAGUACAACUAGCUCUAAAAUGUUACAUUACCCAUAAUUUUAAUACAUUUUUUUUUUUGGGCGAAACUACCACCACAUUUUGAUUUAGUAACCUAUAUUAAAAAUUCCACAAUUAGAUAAAGUUUAAGUAUUUUAUGUGAUAGAGCAAUAAUAAUUAAUAAUUUUUCUAUAGAUUUUAUUGAUUAAUUAUUAUAAUUUAUUUAUUUAUUCCAAAAAUGUACACCUGUAGACACUUUUAUUAAGAUGACAUAAGAACAAUAUAUACAUGGUGAACAUAAUAUAAGAGGGAAAGGAGUGUAGCAUGCAGUGGAGAAGGUAGUUAUAACUAUGGGAAGUAGAAUAUGUUAGAUUAUCUAAAUUGUAAAAAAAGUUCAUAGAAAUAUAUUAAAUUUCCAUUUAGCUUUGUUGUUAUAAUAUAAAUUAACAAUUUUAAAUAUUGAAAAAAAAACGUAUAAAAUACAAAAUUGUUAACAUACUGUUCUGUACAUUGUUUCUUUCAUAGAUUACAAAAUGAUAACAAUAUAACUAAACCUAAAUCUCCUGAAAUUCCAAAAAGCUUGACGACAACUCCCUUUGCUAAAAAACAAUCAGGUGGUUUAGAAAAUAUACUUAGUCAAAUAGGGAAGAAAAGUAAAUUGACAAUUUUAGAAAAAUCAAAACAAGAUUGGGAUGGUUAUAAAAAAGAAGAAGGUAUUGCCGAAGAAUUAAUUACUCAUAAUAAAGGGAAACAUGGGUAAGUGUUUAAAUGUUAAACUCAUUGUAAGAAGUAUAAAUUCAAUAAGAAAUAUAUUUAUAUCUUGAUUUUAGAUACUUAGAAAAGCAGGAUUUUUUAGAACGGGCAGAUUUGCGGCAAUUUGAAUUAGAAAAAGCAAUGAGAGCUGCCAAUAGAUCACAUAGAAAUUAAAUAUUAUUACAUAAUUCCUAUUAUCUAAAUAAUUAAAAUUAUACUUGGAUUAGUGAUUUUUUUUAUUUUAUCUUAUAAACAUAUAUUUUUUGUUUAAAUUAAUAAAAAAAUAAUAAGAUUAAAUAAGUAGAUGUAAAUUUAAAAAUAUAAAAUUCUCAAUGUCUUGAAUGUUAUAUGUGUUAAUUUUUCAAUUAUUGAUAUAUAAUGCAUUUUUGUAUUAUCAUUAUUCUUAGUAUAAUUUAGUAAUUUAAUUAUAAUUAUUUUUAAUAAACAAUUUAUACUUGUAGUAAGUUACAAAAAUAAUACUUUAUUAUUGUUUGAUUUGUUAUAAACAUAAUGAACUUAAUAAAUACAUAGUUUUGACUUAAAAUAUUAUUGAUAAUGUAAUCAAACAUUUGAUGUGUAUUUUUCAAAUAUAAUCCAUUAUUAACUAUCAAUAGAAAUUGCUUGAAGAAACCAACUAUUAUAAUUUAGUCUAACAAUAAAUUGAUUCGGUUUGGGAGUGACUUCAAUUUCUUGAAUAGUGUUUAAUAGCGUGACUAAUUGAUUUGGUUUUUUGGUAAAAAGUAAAUUCAACUCAUCAUAACAUUGUUUAUACUGUGGAUUUAAGGAAGCUGUAAUGUCAGUUAUAUACCUACAAUAGUUUUCACACAUAUCUAAUAUUCUAUUGAAGCCCAAGUAAACAUCUUCCAUGAAUAAAAAUGAAUCUCUCAUUAUAUUUGUUUGAAAUUUAUCGUGUAUGUGCUUAAUUGAUUGAAAAUCACUAGCAUUAGACAAUUUCUCCAGAAGCAAAAAACAUUCGUCUUCAAUGACAUCUAACUGAAGAUAACUAUAUAGAGUGUCAAUUAAAAAUGUUAACUUUGUUUUCAGUUGGUCAGUAUGACCAUUUAACUUAUAUGGUUUUGAUUUUUGUUCAAUCCAAAUUUCAUGUAAAUUCGUUUGCACUCUUUUUAUACGUGAUAAAAAUGUAAACAAUUUUGAAUAAUUUUUUUGAACAGACUUGGUAAAUAUAAACUGUAAUGGCCAUUUAGUUUCAAUGGUAACUUUAAGUUUUAUCCAUGUUGUUUCAUCAUUUUUUUCAUUAUCAUAUGAACUGAAACUAAAUGCAUUAUACACAGAUUUGUGUAUUUUGACAUCUUUAGCUGUAUUGAUAAAUGCUACCUUAAUAGCCCGUAAGCUGUGCUCAGAUUUUAGAGAUAAACUGCACAUCUUCUUUAAAAAAUGCAUAUAAAACUCUCCAUUUCCCAAUAAAUAAAAAUCUCUAACUAAUUUCAUAUGAUAACUAAUACUGUCAUUUAAAAAUGAUGCUUUCAACAUGUAUUCAUCAACUACGUUAUAAAAUUUAUCAAUUACUUCAACAAAUUCAUUUUUAGUAAACAUAGGCAAAUUUUCUAAAUUUAGUAGAUCAGCAAAUAGUUGAUCUCUUUUUUGUCCAUAUAGCUCAAUAGAAAUAUCCUUGUAGUUUAUGUAUGACAGCUGGUCAUGUGAAUGUUGUAAACUUUUAAUUACAUCGCCAAUUCUUGUUAUUUUGCUUGCAGUUGAAAUAGGAACAAAUGAUGGCAUUAAACUUGGUAAUAAUGUAAACUGUUUAAAUUCUUUGGUAUUUCUUGAAUAUUCUGGCUCUAUAAAUAAUUCUUUAUGAGGAUCAAAAAUCACUCCACGUGCAAAAAAAGUGUUCAACUGUGAUAUCAACACCUAUAA